AUGAGGCUGGGUGCGAGCGGGCCGCACAGCACGUACCAGCAGUUGGCGCACGCGUUGCCGCGCGAGUACGGGUUGGGGUUGGCCACGCCGCGCCGCGACGAGAACGAGCCCUUGAUCUGCAACACGCGGCGCGCGGUGACGCUGACGUGUCGCAGGGCGCACUUCGUGGCGGAGGGCGAGGUGACGUUCCGCGCGCUGCUGUUCGUGCCGCGCGCGCAGCCCGCCGACUCGUUCAACCGCUACGGCACCAAGACCGACCACAUCAAGCUGUACGUGCGCCGCGUCUUCAUCACGGACGAGUUCAACGAGCUCAUGCCCAACUACCUCGCCUUCAUCCAGGGCAUCGUCGACUCGGACGACCUGCCGCUCAACGUGUCGCGCGAGACGCUGCAGCAGCACAAGCUCGUCAAGAUCAUCAAGAAGAAGCUCGUGCGCAAGGCGCUCGACAUGCUCAAGAAGAUCCCCGACGACGAGUACCAGCACUUCUGGAAGGAGUAUUCCACUAAUGUGAAGCUGGGAGUGAUCGAGGACCCGUCGAACCGGUCGCGGCUGGCCAAGCUGCUGCGCUUCCACUCGUCGCGCGGCGCCGAGCAGACCUUCCUGGCUGACUACGUGGCGCGCAUGCUGCCCGCCCAGAAGCAUAUCUACUACAUCGCCGGCGCCAGCCGCGCCGAGGUGGAGAAAUCCCCGUUCGCGGAGCGGCUGGUGAGGCGCGGCUACGAGGUGCUGUACCUCACCGAGGCGGUGGACGAGUACUGCCUCUCCUCGCUGCCCGAGUUCGACGGACACAAGUUCCAGAACAUCGCCAAGGAGAUCUUCGACUUGGAGGAGGGCUCGCAGCAGAAGGAGCGGCUGGAGGCGGAGCGCGCGCAGUUCGAGCCGCUCACCAAGUGGCUGGGCGAGAAGCUGGGCGCGCACAUCACGCGCGCGGCCGUGUCGCGCCGCCUGGCGCGCUCGCCCGCCGCGCUUGCCGCCACGGCCUUCGGCUGGACCGGCAACAUGGAGCGCCUGGCGCUCUCCAACGCGCACCAGAAGGCGGACGACGCGCAGCGCAAGCACCACCUGUCGCAGAAGAAGCUGCUCGAGAUCAACCCGCGCCACCCCGUCGUGCGCGAGCUGCUGCGCCGCGUGCAGGACGACCCCGACGACCCGCUGGCGCUGGACUCGGCGCGCACGCUGCUGCGCACGGCCGCGCUGCGCUCGGGCUACCUGCUGCAGGAGGGGCAGGCCGUCGAGUUCGCCGACUCCAUCGACAGCAUGCUGCAGCGCGCGCUGGGCCUGCCGCCCGACGCGCAGCCCGAGGACGAGCCCGAGCCGGCCGCCGAGGCCGAGCUGGACGCCGAGCCGGACGAGCACGACGAGCUGUGAGCCGGACCCGCCUAGUGCAUCUGUGCUCUAAAUAAUCUUUUAUAUGUACAAAUAGUGACGCACGUUUCAAUGAUUCGAACGGUGAUACACCUUACGAGACAGCCCCUUUGACUUUACAAUAUUUUAUCCAAAACUACAUUCUCCAUUAAUGAACUUGUAACAGUUAUACAUAUUAUUUGUUUUAGUUUCGCCGUGUAUGUGAGAUGAAGGAUGUUAAUCCAUUUACGAUUUUAAUAUCUCUGUGAAGACUGCAUUUUUUUUUUUGUAUUAGUGUGCAUGAGUUGAGAAACUUGUGAAGUGUAAAUAAAUUAUUAUAAUUUAUUA